AUGGGGGAUUCGACCAUACAGGACACACCACCACUACCGUGGAGCGUACUCGAGUUCACAUUUUCCGACAGGAACACCGAUUCAGAGCUCAUAAUCAUGUGCAAUAAGACGUGCUUUGUUGUGCACUUGGCCGCAGCUAACUUCUCCGAAUCGACUAAGCUGAAAGAGAAGUAUAUAUUUUUCUUGGAUGUUGCUCGACACUUCGAGCUCGAUGGCUAUACCGUCGAGGACUUUUACGACUGGGCCGCUGAGCCACUUUUCCCCGUAUUCCAAAGUAUGCCGCCUCUGGACGAAACGCGUUUGACGCUUAACGAAUACCUCUUUCCCGAUACACUCUUCUACACUCUGCGAGCCGACGCUAGAGAAUUGGUCGCAGUCCCGUUGAAUAACAGCCCAAGGAGAAAGACGCGGUCUCGAUUCGGCGUCGCUUUGCCCAACGAGACCUGCGCGGUGUGGCCAUGCUUUCACCCAUCCGAAAUUCGAAUCUGUCCUCGGCGUCCCCCAACCUAUGGCCCAUCCCCAUCCCAGACGCCCGACAAGGUCUCGUUAAAAGACGGAACCGUUGCAUUCGUUAAGCUUGUCCGUUGCGGUGACAAGAAUAUUCUCAUGCGGGAGCUGGACAAUUAUGCCAAGAUCAAUGCAGCACCACUCAACGACACGCUGCCGAUCUCACGUCUUAAAGGCAUAGUUCGGGAUGAAAGCGGCUCCGUUUUUGGUCUCCUCCUGACCUACAUCGACUGCAGCCGCGUGACGCUGGCCUGUGCUGCUCCCAAGCUAGAUACACCGGCUUGCCUCCAAGAGAAAUGGGUGGUACAGAUUCAAGAAACGGUUCAAGAAUUGCACAGCGCGGGCAUAGUCUGGGGCGAUGCGAAACCUGAAAAUGUGCUGAUCGAUAGGAACAAGGACGCCUGGAUAGUGGAUUUUGGUGGGGGAUAUACGGAAGGCUGGGUGCCCGAAAACUUGACAGGGACGGUAGAGGGCGAUCUUAUUGCUCUCAAAAAGAUCAUAGAGUUCAUUAUGAAACCGCAGCGGAAAGGCAACGAGACGCUGCUCAAAUGA